UUCAAUUAAGAUAUUAUGUAUAUAUUGCAAAAAGCAUCUCUAACACCUCAUUAUAGUGGCCCAAGUGAAAACAGAUUUUAAAACCAGUCAGUUUCCGUUUAAUUUCGACCUGGAUAUUUGACACAACACGAAUUCCUACGCCAGUGUAGAAUUUCAUGUCAGUGAUCAAAGAAUAUACUAGUGAUAGUCUGUUCCGUGGGAGUGUACAUAGAACAUUGUAGAAAAAUACAACAAAAACACCAAAUUAAGACAUUUCUCACACCAAAAAGUUCGCGUUUAUAUUAAUAUGAAGUGUGUUUGUUAUCAUAAAGACGUUUUCAGUAGUUAUCUGUGAAUAAAACUCGCGUUCACGGACUGUAUUUUGAUUGUAUUCCUUUGUGUAUUUUUUUGUGAUAAGGGACUAUUAAAUUGUUUAAAUAAUCAUGGAGGCGAUAGCCAAACACGAAUUCAAUGCGACAGCCGAAGAUGAACUUAGCUUUAGAAAAUCGCAAGUUUUAAAAAUUUUAAACAUGGAAGAUGAUAUGAAUUGGUACCGAGCCGAACUGGACGGCAAAGAAGGUCUGAUACCAAGCAACUAUAUUGAAAUGAAGAGCCAUAGCUGGUAUUAUGGCAGAAUCACCAGAGCAGAUGCCGAAAAGCUACUGGCUAGCAAACAUGAAGGGGCCUUUUUAAUUCGUAUUAGUGAAUCCAGUCCGGGGGAUUUUUCAUUAUCAGUCAAAUGUUCCGAUGGGGUACAACAUUUUAAAGUCUUGAGGGAUGCACAAGGCCAGUUCUUUUUGUGGGUUGUCAAGUUUGGUUCACUUAAUGAACUGGUUGAAUAUCACAGAACAGCAUCAGUUUCUCGUUCACAAGAUGUCAAAUUAAGGGACAUGGUUGCAGAAGAGUUCCUCGUUCAAGCCCUUUACGACUUCACGCCACAAGAGGUCGGUGAGUUGGAGUUCAAACGUGGCGACGUAAUCACCGUGACCGACCGCACGGACCAGCACUGGUGGCACGGCGAAAUCGGUCACCGCAAGGGCCUCUUCCCCGCCACUUAUGUGACGCCCUACCAUUCAUAAGUUGAGACCGCGGACCACAAAUUUUAUCCCCCAUAUCCCAUCCCCCUCGAUCCAACCCGUUAGCAAUGUCGCACAGAACGGAACAAUGCUAGUAGUUGUCAUUUUUCUCAUUUAAUUUCCAAUUUCAUUGAGAGUAAUUAACUGUAUUUUUUGCACUCCGAUAUUUCAGUACUUGUUUUAAAGUUUACUCUUCUACUGAACCGGUUUUGGAAAUUCAACUGAUGUGGCUGUGGAGUUUCAUCACUCAAAGUGAAAUAAUUCAGAUUGAAAUUACAUCAGUUGUAAAAGGAACUCAUUACUUCCAAAGUAGAAUGAAAACUACUAAUAUUUGUUCCGUUUCAAGUGUUUCUUACUGUCGAUAGAGACCGCGAUGUUCGUAUUUAUAUUUUCUGUUCGGUGUUACCCAAAAUUAUGUAUUCUCCAAUGGUGCAUUUAUAUACCAUCUUAAUCCCACAUAACCUCAGCCAGAUUAUUGUUCUCUCUUCAAUUUCCUUUGACAAUGAGUAAACAAUUCCCCCCUCAAACCUCUCGGUUAAAAUUAAUUUCUUCAAUUCAUUUUGUGUACCAGAUCUUUGUGAUUUUUUUUGAAGUAGUCAAGUGAAAGUAUUUUAGAGGUUAUGUUUAUCUAAUAUUGUUAAGUGUUUCAAAUUUUGUUUUAACAGUGGUAAUUUUGUUUUAUUUAUGCUAUUUUAAAGACGACGUUAUGAUUGUUUGGAGGCAAUUGUAGGCCAGAAUAACUAUUACAUUUUAUAAAAAUAAAAGUCGAUAAAACCAAGUUCGUGAAUUACAAAUUAUGUGCAAUCAAUUUCGAACUUGCAAUUGCCUCGCCAGUUUUUAAUUCUAGUUUCACUACGAUAUACUAAAAUUGUUUUGUUUCUCGAAUAGUGUCCAACCCUGAUACAGUGUGAUUAAUAUCUUAAAAAUUUUUUGUAAGGACAUCAAUUAAUUUUUGUAUUGUAGUAUCUAAGAUACCUAAUUGUUUAAAUAUUUUUGUAUGGAUUGUAUACCGAAAUAACACGUCGGGCUGCGCGAAAAUUGUGCGGUUUGGUGUGGACUUCUCACAAGACGUAACACAGUUUGAGAACUUGUGAACAUUUUUUAGAAUUAUUAGGUAGAAUAGUAAAGUGCUUGAUACGGUUAUACCCAUUAUUAUUUAGUGAGAUUCAACGAAGUUUUUCAUAGCCUGGAAACACCAAAUUAGCUUUCAAUAAUUUAGGGUCAUUAUCGUUAUUUGCCUUUUUUAGUAGCCGGCCUCGGAAAUAGUCGUUUUGUUUUGUUUAAUUUAGAGGUCUGUUUCUAAAAGUUGAUUUAUAUCAAACCUAGAUACGUACAUGACUGAUUGUUUUUGUAUUUUCGGUCCAUAAGAAAAAUAUAUCAAUAUAAUAAGUGAAAUUUUUUACAUACCACAGUUUACUAUUUCAUAAUUAAGCUACAGUGAUGCCAUUAUGGGAACCCCCGUUUGCUGAUAUAUUUUAGCGGGGUUUUUCAUACCUACUAGGGAAUUUUAGUUGUAUUCUGCAUAUUAUAUUGAAUUGAAGAAAUAUAUUUUAUCUUUGUGUAAAUAUUAUCAAAAGGUUUUGCCAGAAAUUUCUCUAUUAGUUAAGUUUGCAUUUUUUGCAUUUCAUUUAUAUAUUUUGAUUUUAUGGCAAGAUGCUUUUUUAGGUUAUAUGUAAAUACUAACUUAGAAUUAAAUAUAUUAUAAGUGCAACUGAAACAUAUUUAGUUAAAAUAUAUGUUAUAUAAACA